CAGGCUAACUAAAUUCGUUCUCUGCGAGUUCUACAAGGAACUCUCACCACCACCAGCAACCCUGCCCGAUCUUCUAUCCCCGCAACACGACGCGCAGUAAUAGUCCUGCAGCGGGGGCGAGGGAGUUUCCGCUACCUCCGAGCGAGUCUUCCCUCCCCCAGAAAUCAGGCCUGCGAGUUGAGCGCCCCAGCAAGCGCGCAAAGGGUUACUAAGGCCGAGCAGUGCAAAAUUUCCUCCCCGGAGCCCCGCCCCGAUCACGCUCCAAAAGGGCCUUAGCGGCAGUGUUGGGAGUAGUUUCCGUCUCUUUGCAAGACAGUUGUAACAACGCCGCAGCUGCCAACAUGUCGACCAGUGGUCCCACCAGCUCUGGCCCUGCUUCUGGCAGCAACCGUCGUCUUCAGCAGACUCAAAGCCAAGUCAAUGAGGUGGUGGAUAUCAUGAGAGUGAAUGUGGACAAGGUUUUGGAAAGAGAUCAGAAACUGUCUGAGUUGGAUGACCGUGCUGAUGCCUUGCAAGCUGGAGCAGCUCAAUUUGAAACAAAUGCUGCCAAACUGAAAAGAAAAUACUGGUGGAAGAACUGUAAGAUGUGGGCCAUAUUGAUAACAGUUGUUGUUGUUCUCAUCAUCAUCAUCAUCGUAUGGAGUACGUCCUCAUGAGUUUUUUGGAAGAAACUUGAAUUUGAAGAGCUGUUUCAGCAAGGAAAUUCCAGUCUCUUACAUCAGACUUGCUGUAUUGUCAAACUUCUUGUUGCACAAAUCAAACACAUUUUUUGAUAGUGGAAGUAUUAACUUUUCUGUAGAUUAUGUGCCUUUAUAUAAAUGAUGCACUCUAUUUUGUUAAUGCUGUUAAAAGUGCCUGAGUUAAGAUGUGUGUAAACCAGGCAGGAAAAAGUUUAAGACUUCAGAAUUUUGUGAUUGAGAGUAUUGUGGCAGCAAUUACUACUUCUAGAACGUAUUUUAAAAGCUCACAAAUAUAUUGUCACUACCUCACCUCCUACAUAUGUUAAAAGGUUGCAAAGCAGCUCAUAUUCGUGCCUUCCUGGGAGGACAUUUACUCUUAGUAGUGCCAUAUCUGAACAACUUUUCGCUUAAUGCCUUCUUACCUAAUUUGGGAGGGAAUAGGAGCUGCUGUACAACAAGCACUAUGCUUUUUAAAUGAAGAUGCAUAGUCUGAUAAACAGAGCACUUAAUCACAGUGGCGUAUGUAUUUGGGACAAAAAAGCAUGAUCUUCCUUGUGUUAAAUCAUCACUUCUUGGUGCCUUUGCACUUGAACACCAUAAAGUGUUCUUAAUUUUUUAAAAAUUCUGAAUGUACUUUUUUUUCCUUGGCUAAAAAAACCCUGAAGCUAUAAGAAAGAAUUCUGCUAGCUUACCAAGAAGUGUUGCUAAAAAAUAACAUCACAUGCAUUUGGGCUUCCUUUGUAUCUUUUCUGCUUGGAUUGUCCAGGGAGAGGUACAUGAUUCACCUUUAUCAGAUAAAAUAGGACAAGGUUUUUAGGGCAGGUGGUGAUGAAACCUUGGAGUCAUCUGUGUCACUUUACACUGGGUGUGUUAGUCUUUUGUAUGAGCUAAGGUCCCUUCAUCAUGGGUCCCUUAAAACUGCAGGCAUGGAUGGCUCUUCUGAAAGGCUAUCAGAUGUACCCUACUAACAUGGCCAAACUUACAUAAGUGCCUCACAUAAGUGCCUCACUCUUGCCUCACUUUCUCUCUAGUGUUUAGUGGGUGGCAUUCUUCCCCUUUUUCUUGUAGUCUUCUGAGAUUUUUUUUGGGGGGGGAGGGGUUUCUGGCUCUUUGGUCCUGGGUUAAAACUGCAGGCAUGGAUGGCUCUUCUGAAAGGCUAUCAGAUCUACCCUACUAACAUGGCCAAACUUACACAGGUUUGUCUUAUUUUUCAUAUUUGCCAUGAAAGUGGUGGAGCUUUUUUGGCUUGCUAGAGAUUGUGGAGGGAAGGAAAGGAGUAGGUAGCAUAAUACACCUCGCACACUACUGCACAGUUUGUGAAUGUACAAGCAGCAUCUUUCAAGUUGUAUUGGAUGCGCACUUAAUAUUUGUACAAUCUGCUGGUUUGCAUUGCGUUUUCUUGAAACACUGUUAUGUAACUUUCAAAAUGCCAUAACAUUUUGCUGUCUUGUAACAAUAAAUGAUUUUUCAAA